AGGGAGGGAGGGAACGAGCGAGCAAGCGACGCGGGCCGCCCCUGCCGCCGCCGCCGCGGUCGGACCAGCGGCCUCCUCCCCUCCCCUCCCGCGCGUCGCCUUGCCGCGGGGAGGGGGCUCGCGUCGCCGCCUCCAGCCGCUCCCGAUGAAGCAGCUGCCGCCGCAGCCGCCUCCGAAGAUGGGGGAUUUCUACGACCCCGAGCACCCGACCCCUGAAGAAGAAGAAAAUGAGGCAAAGAUUGAAAAUGUGCAGAAAACAGGUUUCAUCAAAGGACCAAUGUUCAAAGGUGUUGCUUCUAGUCGAUUUUUACCCAAAGGCACCAAGACAAAAGUUAAUUUGGAGGAACAGGGACGACAGAAGGUGUCUUUCAGCUUCAGCCUUACAAAGAAAACUUUGCAGAACAGGUUUCUGACUGCACUUGGCAAUGAAAAGCAAAAUGAUACUCCAAACUCCCCAGCUGGACCUCUUCAAGUAGACUUGACCUCUAAAAUUAAAAUGGACAUUGGAGAUACCUUAUCUACUACAGAAGAAUCUUCCCCACCAAAAUCAAGGGUAGAACUGGGCAAAAUUCAUUUUAAGAAACAUCUGCUUCAUGUGACAUCCAGGCCCCUGCUGACGACUGCUACAGCAGUGGCCUCUCCACCUCCUCCCAUAGUACCGUUACCAGCAGUCAUACCAGAGUCAACAACUGUAGACUCGCCACCCUCAUCUCCCCCUCCACCACCGCCACCUCCCCAGGCCACAGCACCCUCACCACCAGCACCAGUAACAGAGCCAGUGGCCUUGCCACACACACCAGUCCCAGUUCUGAUGACAGCACCAGUAGAUGUAGCAGUUAGAGCACUGAAGGAACCACCAGUUACAACUGUACCAGAAUCUUCAGAAGUGGACACUAAGCAGGAUGCUGCUGUAUCUAAUAGUUCAGAAGAACACAUAACUCAACAUUUGAAUGAGCAAGUAGAUAUUCCCUCACAGAAAGAAGAUUCCCAUAUUGGGAAGGAAGAAGAAAUUCCAGAUAGUUCUAAGAGUAAUCUGGGCUCCAAAAAAACAGGUUCUAAGAAGAAAUCCUCACAAUCUGAAGGCACCUUUCUUGCUUCAGAAUCUGAUGAAGAUUCUGUACGGACUUCCUCAAGUCAAAGAUCACAUGAUUUAAAAUUUUCAACAAGCAUUGAAAAGGAAAGAGAUUCAAAAAAGAACUUAGCACCUUUAAAAAGUGAGGAUUUAGGGAAAUCUUCACGAUCUAAAACAGAGAGAGAUGAUAAAUAUUUUAGCUACUCAAAACUUGAAAGAGAUACUCGGUAUAUAUCUUCUCGAUGUAGAUCAGAGAGAGAGCGAAGGCGGAGCAGAUCUCGUUCUAGAUCUGACAGAAGCUCUAGAACUAGUUUAUCCUAUUCCCGGUCGGAACGAUCCCAUUAUUAUGACUCUGAUCGUCGCUACCAUCGGAGUUCCCCUUAUCGAGAGAGGGCACGCUAUUCUCGCCCAUAUACAGAUAACAGAGCUCGAGAGAGCUCUGACUCAGAAGAGGAGUAUAAGAAGACUUACUCAAGGCGCACCUCCUCUCAUUCCUUCUCUUACAGAGACCUAAGGACAUCAUCAUCCUAUUCUAAAUCCGAUCGGGACUGCAAAACUGAGUCCUCUUACUUAGAGAUGGAGAAGAGAGGAAAGUAUUCUUCAAAACUAGAAAGAGAAUCCAAAAGGACUUCAGAAAAUGAAGCAGUGAAAAGAUGUUGUUCUCCCCCUAAUGAACUGGGAUUCCGACGGGGGUCAUCCUAUUCCAAGCAUGAUAACAGUGCUUCCCGUUAUAAAUCUGCCCUUUCAAAAUCUGUAUCCAAGUCUGAUAAAUUUAAAAAUUCUUUCUGUUGUACAGAAUUAAAUGAGGAAAUCAAACCGUCUCAUUCUUUUAACUUACAGGCUCCUUGUUCAAAAGGUAGUGAAUUAAGAAUGAUUAGUAAAAUUCCUGAAAGAGAAAAGACUGGGUCUCCAUCUCCAUCAAGUCGAUUAAAUGAUUCACCUACUUUUAAAAAGCUAGAUGAAUCACUUAUUUUUAAAUCUGAAUUUAUAGGACAUGAUAGUAUUAAGGAAUUAGACUCUUUAUCUAAAGUGAAGAAUGAUCAAUUAAGAAGUUAUUGUCCCAUAGAAUUAAAUAUAAAUGGAUCUCCUGGAGCAGAAUCUGAUUUGGCAACAUUUUGCACUUCUAAAACUGACACUCUUUUGAUGUCUUCUGAUGAUAGUGUGACUGGAUCGGAGGUAUCCCCUUUGGUCAAAGCAUGGAAGCUUCCAUCAAAUGGAUUUCAGAAUAUUAAUAGAUGUAAAGAGAAAGACUCAGAUGAUACUUGCAUGCUGCAUAGUAAGUCAGGAAGCCCAUUUAGAGAAGCAGAACCUCCGGUGUCGCCACACCAAGAUAAACUCAUGUCUUUGCCAGUUAUGACUAUAGAUUAUUCUAAAACUGUAAUUAAAGAACCAGUUGAUAUGACAGUUUCUUGCUGUAAAACCAAAGAUUCAGAUAUAUACUGUACUUCAAAUGACAGCCUUUCUUUGCAUCAUUCUGAAGCUGAAAAGAUUGAGCCUUCAGUUACGAAGAUUUCUUCAAAUAGCUUUAUGAAUGUGCAUUUGAAAUCAAAAACAGUUAUAUGUGAUAAUAGAAAUCUGACAGAUCACUCAAAAUUUGCAUGUGAAGAAUAUAAGCAGAGUGUUGGUAGCACUAGCUCAGCUUCUGUUAAUCAUCUUGAUGAUUUAUAUCAGCCUAUAGAGAGUUCAGGCAUUGCUUCCUCUCUUCCAAGUCUUCCACCAGGAAUAAAAGUGGACAGUUUAACUCUCUUCCAGUGUGGAGAGAACACAUCUCCAGUUUUGGAUGCUGUGCUGAAGAGUAAAAGCACAGAGUUUUUAAAGCAUGCAGAGAAAGAAACAAUAGUAGAAGUAGGUAGCGGCCUGCCUGAUUCAGGAAGGGGAUUUGCUUCUUGGGAAAAUAGGCAUAAUAAUGGGUUACCUGGGAAAUGUGUGCAAGAGGCUCAAGAAGAAGGGAAUUCCAUAUUGCCUGAUAGAAGAGGAAGAGCAGAAAUCUCUUUAGAUGAAGAAGGAGGAAGAGGACAUGCGCAUACUUCUGAUGACUCAGAAGUUGUAUUUUCUUCUUGUGACUUGAAUUUAACCAUGGAAGACAGUGAUGGUGUAACAUACACCUUAAAAUGUGACAGUAGUGGGCAUGCCUCAGAGAUUGUAUCUACUGUCCAUGAAGAUUAUUCUGGUUCUUCUGAAAGUUCAAGUGAUGAAAGUGACUCUGAAGAUACAGAUUCUGAUGAUAGCAGUAUUCCAAGAAACCGUCUUCAGUCUGUUGUGGUAGUGCCAAAGAAUUCUACUUUGCCCAUGGAAGAAAUGAGUCCUUGUUCUUCUCGGAGCAGUCAGAGUUACAGACACUAUUCUGACCACUGGGAAGAUGAGAGAUUGGAGUCAAGGAGACAUUCAUAUGAGGAAAAAUUUGAGAGUGUAGCAAGCAAACCCUGUUCUCAAACCGAGAAGUUCUUCCAUCAUAAAGGGACAGAGAAGAAUCUGGAAAUUUCUUUCACACAGCCCAGCAGAAAACAAAUAGAUAACCACCUGUCUGAAAUUGCUCAUCCUCAGAGUGAUGGGGUUGAUAGUACAAGUCAUACAGAUGUGAAAUCUGACUUUCUAGGUCAUCCAAAUUCUGAGGAAACCACAAAAGCCAAAAUAGCUUCUAGGCAGCAAGAAGAGCUGCCAGUUUAUUCUUCUGAUGAUUUUGAAGAUGUCCCAAAUAAGUCUCGGCAACAGAUCACUUUCCCUAACAGGCCAGAUAGUAGACUGGGAAAAACAGAGUUGAGUUUUUCUUCCUCUUGUGAGAUCUCCCGAGUGGAUGGUUUCCGCUCAUCAGAAGAGCUCCGAAACCUAGGGUGGGAAUUCUCUCAACAAGAAAAGCCUACCACCACAUAUCAGCAGCCUGACAGCAGCUAUGGAGCCUGUGGUGGACACAAGUAUCAGCAAAGUGCAGAACAUUAUGGUGGGGCACGUAAUUACUGGCAAGGCAACGGCUACUGGGAUCCAAGAUCAGCAGGUAGACCUCCUGGAACUGGGGUUGUAUAUGAUCGAAUUCAAGGGCAGGUACCAGAUUCCUUAACAGAUGACCGUGAAGAGGAGGAGAAUUGGGAUCAACGUGGAGGAUCUCAUUUUUCAAGCCAGUCCAGUAAGUUUUUUCUGUCCCUUCAGAAGGACAAGGGGUCAGUGCAAGCACAUGAAAUAAGCAGCAAUUCCAUUAAGGACUCUUUAGCUGUGAAUGAAAAGAAAGAUCUUUCAAAAAACUUAGAAAAAAAUGAUAUGAAAGAUAGAGGGCCUCCUAAAAAAAGGAGACAGGAAUUGGAGAGUGAUUCUGAAAGUGAUGGUGAACUUCAGGACAGAAAGAAAGUUCGAGUGGCGGUAGAGCGGGGGGAAACAGCAAUGCCCCCAGGCUCAGCACUGGUUGGGCCUUCUUGUGUCAUGGAGGACUUCAGGGACCCACAGCGAUGGAAGGAAUAUGCCAAGCAAGGGAAGAUGCCCUGUUACUUUGAUCUGAUUGAAGAAAAUGUUUAUUUAACAGAAAGAAAGAAGAAUAAAUCCCAUCGAGAUAUUAAGCGAAUGCAGUGUGAGUGUACACCUCUUUCUAAAGAUGAAAGAGCUCAAGGUGAAAUAGCAUGUGGAGAAGAUUGUCUUAAUCGUCUCCUCAUGAUUGAAUGUUCUUCUCGGUGUCCAAAUGGGGAUUAUUGUUCCAAUAGACGGUUUCAGAGAAAACAGCACGCAGAUGUGGAAGUCAUACUCACAGAAAAGAAAGGCUGGGGCUUGAGAGCUGCCAAAGACCUUCCUUCGAACACCUUUGUCCUAGAAUAUUGUGGAGAAGUACUUGAUCAUAAAGAGUUUAAAGCCCGGGUAAAGGAGUAUGCACGAAACAAAAACAUCCACUACUAUUUCAUGGCUCUGAAGAAUGAUGAGAUAAUAGAUGCCACUCAGAAAGGAAACUGCUCUCGUUUCAUGAAUCACAGCUGUGAGCCAAACUGUGAAACUCAAAAAUGGACUGUGAACGGACAGCUGAGGGUCGGGUUUUUUACCACCAAACUGGUUCCUUCAGGCUCAGAGUUAACAUUUGACUAUCAGUUCCAAAGAUAUGGAAAAGAAGCUCAGAAAUGUUUCUGUGGGUCGGCUAAUUGCCGAGGUUACCUGGGAGGAGAGAACAGAGUCAGUAUCAGAGCAGCAGGAGGAAAAAUGAAGAAGGAGCGAUCCCGUAAGAAGGAUUCAGUGGAUGGAGAGCUAGAAGCUCUGAUGGAGAAUGGUGAGGGUCUCUCUGAUAAAAACCAGGUGCUCAGCUUAUCCCGGCUAAUGGUUAGAAUUGAAACUUUGGAGCAGAAACUCACCUGUCUUGAGCUUAUACAGAACACACAUUCACAGUCUUGCCUGAAGUCUUUUCUGGAACGUCACGGGCUGUCUUUGUUAUGGAUCUGGAUGGCAGAACUAGGUGAUGGCCGGGAAAGUAACCAGAAACUUCAGGAAGAGAUUAUAAAGACUUUGGAACACUUACCCAUUCCUACUAAAAAUAUGUUGGAGGAAAGCAAAGUACUUCCAAUUAUUCAACGCUGGUCUCAGACCAAAACUGUCAUUCCUCAGUUGAGUGAAGGAGAUGGGUAUUCAAGUGAGAAUACGUCACGGGCUCACACACCACUCAACACACCUGAUCCUUCUGCCAAGCUGAGCACAGAAGCUGACACAGACACCCCCAAGAAGCUCAUGUUUCGCAGACUUAAAAUUAUAAGUGAAAAUAGCAUGGACAGUGCUAUCUCUGAUGCUACCAGUGAGCUGGAAGGCAAGGAUGGCAAAGAGGACCUUGACCAGUUAGAAAACGUCCCUAUAGAAGAAGAGGAAGAGUUACAGUCACAACAGCUACUCACACAACAGCUACCUGAAUCUAAAGUUGAGAGUGAAAUCACUAUGGAAGCCAGUAAGCUACCCACAUCUGAACCAGAGGCUGACCCUGAAAUAGAGCCCAAAGAGGGCAAUGGCACAAAACUGGAAGAAACCAUUGCUGAGGAAACCCCGUCCCAAGAUGAAGAGGAGGGUGUGUCUGAUGUGGAGAGUGAGAGGAGCCAGGAACAGCCAGAUAAAACAGUAGAUAUAAGUGAUUUGGCCACCAAGCUCCUGGAUAGUUGGAAAGACCUAAAGGAGGUAUAUCGAAUUCCAAAGAAAAGUCAAACUGAAAAGGAGAACACAAUAACUGAACGAGGAAGGGAUGCUGUUGGCUUCAGAGAUCAAACAGCUGCCCCAAAGACUCCUAACAGGUCAAGAGAGAGAGACCCAGACAAGCAAACUCAAAAUAAAGAGAAAAGGAAACGAAGGGGCUCUCUCUCACCACCUUCUUCUGCCUAUGAGCGGGGAACAAAAAGGCCAGAUGACAGAUAUGAUACACCAACUUCUAAAAAGAAAGUACGAAUUAAAGACCGCAAUAAACUUUCUACAGAGGAGCGUCGGAAGUUGUUCGAGCAAGAGGUGGCUCAGCGGGAGGCUCAGAAACAACAGCAGCAGAUGCAGACCCUGGGAAUGACGUCUCCACUGCCGUAUGACUCUCUUGGUUACAAUGCCCCUCAUCACCCCUUCGCCGGCUACCCACCAGGUUAUCCCAUGCAGGCCUAUGUGGAUCCCAGCAACCCUAAUGCUGGAAAGGUGCUCCUUCCCACACCCAGCAUGGACCCCGUGUGUUCUCCUUCCCCUUACGAUCAUUCUCAGCCCUUGGUGGGACAUUCUACAGAACCCCUUGCUGCCCCUGCACCCGUGCCAGUGGUGCCCCAUGUGGCAGCCCCUGUGGAAGUUUCCAGUUCACAAUAUGUGGCCCAAAGUGAUGGUGUGGUACACCAAGACUCAAGCGUCACCGUCUUGCCAGUGCCAGCCCCAGGCCCAGUCCAAGGACAGAAUUAUGGUGUUUGGGAUUCAAAUCAACAGUCAGUCAGUGUCCAGCAGCAAUAUUCUCCUGCACAGUCUCAAGCAACCAUAUAUUAUCAAGGACAGACUUGUCCAACUGUCUAUGGUGUGACAUCACCCUAUUCACAGACAACUCCACCAAUUGUACAGAGUUAUGCCCAGCCAAGUCUUCAGUAUAUCCAGGGACAACAGAUUUUCACAGCUCACCCGCAAGGAGUGGUGGUCCAGCCAGCUGCGGCCGUGACGACAAUAGUCGCCCCAGGGCAGCCUCAGCCCUUACAGCCACCUGAAAUGGUAGUGACAAAUAAUCUUCUGGAUCUGCCACCCCCUUCUCCUCCCAAACCAAAAACCAUUGUCUUACCUCCCAACUGGAAGACAGCCCGAGAUCCAGAAGGGAAGAUUUAUUACUACCAUGUGAUCACAAGGCAGACUCAGUGGGAUCCUCCUACUUGGGAAAGCCCAGGAGAUGAUGCCAGCCUAGAGCAUGAAGCGGAGAUGGACCUGGGAACCCCGACAUAUGAUGAAAACCCCAUGAAGACCUCAAAAAAGCCUAAGACAGCAGAAGCAGACACCUCCAGUGAGCUGGCUAAGAAGAGCAAAGAAGUAUUCAGAAAAGAGAUGUCCCAGUUCAUUGUCCAGUGCCUGAACCCUUACCGGAAACCUGACUGCAAAGUGGGAAGAAUCACCACAACUGAAGACUUCAAACACCUAGCUCGCAAGCUGACUCACGGCGUGAUGAAUAAGGAGCUGAAGUACUGUAAGAACCCUGAGGAUCUGGAGUGCAAUGAGAAUGUGAAACACAAAACCAAGGAGUACAUUAAGAAGUACAUGCAGAAGUUUGGGGCCGUUUACAAACCCAAAGAGGACACUGAAUUAGAGUGACUUGUGGGGCCAGGGUGGGAGGACAGGUGAGCAGGUGGGACAGACUCGGGAGAAGAAACCCUGCAGGCCCGCUGCCCCCCCCCCCCCGUCAGGGCUGUGCUACUGGUGACACGUCGCCCUGGGGAAUGGGGAGCUCAGACCUGCAGAUUUCAGCUGAAAGCCACGAAAAUGAGCUCCAUCUACAAGCGAUCUUUGGUCCUGAGCUGUUGGGGUGUGGUGUGGUUGGAGGCCCAUCAGAGGCAAGGGCUUAGGGAAGGACCCCACUAAGAUCCUGGCCAGGCCUAGCCCCACUCCCAAAUCUGGGUCUCCUCCUUGGCGGUGCUGUCAGCGCACAGACCCAUGCGCAUCCCCACCCAUGACCCCUCACCCUGACGAUCUGUAUUAUAUUUUAAUGUAUAUGUGAAUAUAUUGAAAAUAAUUUUGUUUUUUCCUGGUUUUGUUUGUUUUUCGUUUUGCUUUUAGCCUCUACGUGCUAGAUCACAGGAAGACUUUGUAAGGAUGGUUUUAAGUUCUGCAAGGUUUAAUUUGUUAUCAUGUAAAUAUUCCAAAGCAGGCUGCCUUGUGGUUUCGGCCAGCCUUGUGCUAUGUUGAUAAGAUUGAUUUACUGCUUAAAAUCACUUUACUUUAUCCAAUUUUUACUGAACUUUUUAUGUAAAAAAUAAAAUCGAUUAAAGAA